AUGCUAAACACAGUUAUCAAGGCUCGGAACGUGUUGGUGAGUCAGUUGGCUGCUUCUUCGACUCCAGUCGACUCAAUGAAAACGAUCCAACAACUACUCACGAUCCAAAGUACGUCCUUGCGACUUCGGCGGCGCAUCGUACUUUCGAACUUACUCAUGAAAGAUAAAACAGACCUCACAAAGUUCAGCAUUCUCGAGCAGAAGAUGCACAUCAAAAACUUUGAAGACAACCUUGAGGCAAUCAGAAAGGAAAACGCAUUGCUUACUAAAGACUUGGACAAAGCGGAGAGUGUUUUCCAGACGGAGGACGUCACACGGGAAUUGGCAGCGUCUCUCCUUGGAGGAAACGUGUUGUUAAACGCAGUUAGUCGCGGACAAAAUUUUGGGAGCGCCGAGAUGAGGAAGGAAGGCGACGAGAACUGGGAAAAGGUAGCCAUGUCUUUGUACCAGAACCUUCUUUUUGUCAACAAGGGGAAAAGCGAUUCCGUUUAUUGUAUUGUUUACAUCAAUUCAAUUUAUCGGCCGGUCUGCGCCGAAGAACAGAGCAGAAGGUUUAU